CGCUUACAAAUAUAGCCCGUUAGCGCACAGGCACGGGAGGCUCCGGGCAGCGCGGGCCCUUCCGGCUCGGCUCUGUGUGUUGUUCUGCGGUGUAAACAGCCUCUCCGCGGAUUACUGCCGCAGCCGCAGGCCCGGGACUGCCAGCGCCCGCACGGGGCAGGUAAUUUCAUGCUCCCAAAAUGGGACAUAAAGUAGUCGUAUUUGACGUUUCUGUCAUCAGAGCCUUGUGGGAAACUCGUGUCAAGAAGCACAAAACUCGGCAGAAGCAGGAAGAAGAAAGGCUGGAGAAAAGCGCAUUGGAAAAGAUAAAGGAAGAGUGGAACUUCGUGGCUGAGUGCAGAAGGAAAGGCAUCCCCCAGGCCGUGUACUGCAAGAAUGGCUUCGUAGACACCAGUGUGCGGCUUCUGGAAAAGAUCGAAAGGAACUCUCUCACGAGGCAGACUUCACUUUCCAAGGACAGAGACAAACGGAGCAGUCCAUUUGUGUUUGAACUUUCGGGGGAACACUGGAAGGAGCUCCCAGAGACGCUGAAGGAGCAGACCCACCUGAAAGAGUGGCACAUAAGCAACACCCUGAUUCAAAUCAUUCCUACAUAUAUUCAGCUCUUUCAAGCCAUGAGAAUUCUGGAUCUGCCAAAAAACCAAAUCUUGAGUCUUCCCGCUGAAAUUGGUUGUUUGAAGAACCUGAAGGAACUCAAUGUGAGUUUCAACCAUCUGAAGAGCAUUCCUCCAGAACUUGGAGAUUGUGAAAAUCUAGAGAGACUGGAUUGUUCUGGAAAUCUGGAAUUAACUGAGCUCCCCUUUGAAUUAAGUAAUUUGAAGCAAGUUACAUUCGUAGAUAUCUCAGCAAACAAGUUUGCCAGUGUCCCGAUCUGUGUCCUGCGGAUGUCUAAUUUGCAGUGGUUGGAUAUCAGCAACAAUAACCUGAAUGACCUGCCACAAGAUAUAGACAGGCUAGAAGAACUGCAGAGCUUUCUCUUGUAUAAAAACAAGCUGACCUACCUUCCUUACGCCUUGCUUAACCUAAAGAAGCUCACCUUGUUAGUCGUCAGUGGGGACCAUUUGGUGGAGCUCCCAACUGCCCUCUGUGACUCAUCCACACCUUUAAAAUUUGUAAACCUUAUGGACAAUCCUAUUGAUAAUACUCAAUGUCAAGAUGCUGACGAAAUGAUGGAAAAUGAACGGGAUCGCCAACAUUUUGAUAAAGAAGUUAUGAAAGCCUAUAUUGAAGAUCUCAAAGAAAGAGAAUCCGUUCCCAGCUAUACCACCAAGGUAUCAUUUAGCCUUCAACUUUGAUGUCAUCCAUCAGAAGACUGCAAAAUCUCAUUAUCUUGUGGAGCUUUAAAUCUUUGUGCUAUGGAUCAUGUCAUAUAGGAUUAAUGGCUUGUACUUAAGGACACAGUCUAGAAACCACUGUCACAGUUGUUAAGAAAAAUGAUUUUCAAAUUUCAAAGCUAUGAAUACCUCCCUCCAUGGGCUAGAGAAGUAAUGUUAGUUUAUAUUUUGAUAUUUACAGCUUCAUUUGCAUAUACUUGUUUCCAAGUAAUGCAUGUUUAAUAUUUUAGAAAAUUUAUUAUUUUAAAAAUUAUAACUUAAAGACCAAA